AUGUCGACAGUCGGCUUCGUCGGAUUGGGCAACAUGGGUGCCCAUAUGGCACGAAAUUUAAUGAAGAAGGGACACAAACUGGUGGUUUAUGAUAUUAACAAGACUGUGCUAUCAACAUUCAAAGCUGACGGAGCCGAAGUAGCUAGUUGUCCGGCUGAGGUUGCAGCAGCUUCCAAGGAUAUUGUCACCAUGCUACCGAGCAGCCCGCACGUGAAGAAGGCGUAUGGAGGAGAUGAUGGUCUUCUAAAAGGGAUGCAACCUGGAAGUUUAUGUAUUGAUUCAUCUACUAUUGACCAGACAGCAUCUAUAGAAGUUGCUGAAUGGUGUAAAAAGAAGCAGAGUACAUAUGUAGAUGCCCCGGUCUCAGGUGGAGUGACAGGUGCACAGAACGCAACACUCACGUUUAUGCUGGGUAGUGGAAAAUGUCAGAAGACGUUUGAUCGUGCAGCGGCAAUCAUCAAGCUAAUGGGUAAAAAUGUGGUUAACUGUGGUGAUGUAGGUGCCGGUCAAGCAGCUAAAAUCUGCAACAAUAUGUUGUUGGCAAUAGAAAUGGCUGGAGUUGCAGAAACAAUGAAUCUUGGAAUCAAGAUGGGAUUGGAUCCGAAAGUUUUGGCUGGUAUAAUUAACACCUCUUCUGGUCGCUGUUGGUCUUCUGAUACAUACAAUCCUGUUCCUGGUGUCAUUGAAGGUAUUCCUCCCAGUAACGGAUAUCAAGGCGGCUUCGGAACAGCUCUUAUGGCAAAAGACCUCUCCCUGGCGCAAAAUGCUUCAACGACUACGCAAGCACCGACGCCUCUAGGAUCACUAGCUCAUCAGAUUUACCGUCUCAUGGCACAAGAUCCUAGAUAUGCUGGCAAAGACUUUGGAAUUGUUUAUCAAGUUUUUCAAAGAACAGAAGUAGACUGUUAUUAG